GCUUGCACACGCGAAUUGUAGUUUUCGUUUGAGAUCGCACUGUUGGGUUGUUCUGAAGAAAACAGUUUCGGAUCUGAAGAUAGGUUUUGCUGUAUUGCAAAAUUUUGCGUGCAACAAUUUUGCUUUCGAUUGAUGGUGCUGUGAGAAAAUUGAAGUUUUCGCGCCCCCUUCUUUAUCAGCUCUAUGUUGCAAGUUUGUCUCUAAUGCCGCGCUGAGUGUUUGCCUCAAGUUGAAAGCGCACCUCCUACUGAUAACAGUAGUGCGUGGAAAUUGUUGUUUGCAAAUAGCCUGAUUUUUCCGUCCGAUAUAGGAUAUUCAGUGAAAUCAAACCGCGUAAGAGAGGUAGCCAUCUAUCGUGUUUUGAUAUAUCUAUCUACUUGCCUGCAAUUAAAAGUUUCUACUCAUCAACCGUGUCGUUCGCUGAAAUUGCUGGUCAGCGAUACAAUUGGUGCAGUUAAGUGUUUUGUGGAAUAAUACUGAUUGUGGUUCCGUUGUUCAACCUGUGUCUGUCACUUCACUAAAUGGCUUGAAGCUAUUCUAGUACAAUCAAGAAUAAUUUUUUUUGUAAACUUUGAAUAGCAUCACCACAUUUUUGCAACAUCCGUUGUCAUAGGAUUGCGAAUUAUAAGUACCGUCAAACAGCAUUUGAAUGAAGUCGUCGCCAUUUUAUUUGAAAGUAUUUUGUUAAGCGAGUAAGUAGCAUACAUCAAAGAUCCGAACAAGCAAGACUGGCAUAGAAGAUAGUGACACAACAAAUAUGACACGAAAAAUUGUACGAGCGUGUAAAGAGGAGCUGGAACUCCACAACUGUGGCAUGGGCCAUUUUCCAGCCGAAGAAUUCGUCAAAUCACAGUGGCAAACCAGAACUAAAUCGAGCAUAUUCCUGCUGUACCGGUUGGCGCUGGCCGUCUUCUUCACGGCGGUGGUCGUCAACUCAAUCGUGAUGGCCGUCACACCGGAAGAUUGGGGCAAAUAUUUUAUCUACCUCACGCAUUGGGGCAUUAUGAUGUGCAUGGCAACGAGUGUGCUGGGAGCUGCCCUAGUUGCGCGAUGGUACUUCCAUCCAGAGUACUCAGAAAAAAUAUGCAACUGCGAGGAUAUGCCACGCAUCUUCAAGGUCUACUGGAUGAUGCACAACAUAACGCUGGUCGUAUCGAUGUGCAUUACCGUCAUCUACUGGGGCAUUUUACACAAUGAGGAGAUGCCAGUGGAUGCAAACAAUAUCCUAAUCCACGCAACCAACUGUGUGUUCAUGAUCAUAGAUCUGAUCAUUGUGGCUUAUCCGGUGCGGUUCUGGCAUGUGGUGCAACCGAUCCUCUUCGGUUUGAUUUACUGCCUCUUUUCGGUGGUAUAUUAUCUGUGCGAUGGAACCGACAAAAAAGGUCGCCAUUACAUCUACAAAGUGCUGGAUUGGAGCAAACCAAGCGGAGCCAUGGUGACCGUCGUUGGGACAAUCGUGUUGGCCAUCCUGGUUCAGCUGCUGAUGCUCUUUACGUACAAAUUGCGUAGCUUCUGCUAUCUGCGCUACUUCAACCCGAAACCAAUUCUGCCGACCAAUUCCACCAUCAACUUGCAGCAGGGUAAGGGCUGCGACGGUAUAUCGAUGGUGUACGGGGGCGAUAACCCUGGAUUUGCCGUUUCCGAAAAGUAUUAAAAUGCAAUACGGAGUACUAGCAACUACUGCGCAAGUUUGAUGAAAAUCACGCUUUGAGUUAUGUAAAUAAAAGUAUUGAAAUGUGUCAAAUUAACAGCUACAAACUUCAAUUGUUUAACUACAUAAAAUAAAUAGGUAUGUGUUAUUAGAAGAUGUAACUCUUGAGCAUUAGAGCGCAGUUCGAAUUGAUUUACGACAACCCACAAUGUCCCCUACAGCAAAAAGCGUCACGCUUUUUUCUAGAAAACAAGGAUUUGUGCUAAAUUUAGGACAUUUACUAAAACUGGUGUUGCGAAACAGAAAGCAUAGCUUGUGUUGGAUAUUAUUAACAAUAAGACAAGAUGAAUGAAUAUUAGGCGUUACUGUUAGUUUAAGUCACGAGAUUAAUUUAUAUUAAUGUUUUAAAGGUUGUAAAUUGUAAAUUGUAAUUUGUAAAAAAAUAUAUAUAUGAUUAGAAGGCAUACGAUAUACGUUAACAAUUAAAAUUCUCGAUCAAAAUAAAGAGCAUUUCCAACGAAAUAUGUGAUAGCAAAACUAUCAGAUUUCUCGUCAUAUUGCUAAACAUACAUUAUAUCGAAAACUCUUGAACGAUUCGUGGAUAUGCUAGUGAAACUGUGAUUUAAGGGAUUCCAACAUGCAUACAGACCGUCUUUCACUGUCCAUCCGUAGAUCCAUCUACAAUAGAAUAAAAUAGUUUGUGCAUAAUUUAUCAACCAUGUAUGUAUACGAUAAUCUAGAUCAGUGCUGCCAGGUAUAGGCAUGGUGCGGGCCAAAUGAGAUCGCCCCAUGAUGUCGCGGGCCGCAAAUUACUCUGGCCGUUCCUGUGCAUAACAAAAUGCAAUAAAAACCAUUUUCUGGGGAUUACCACAAGAUUUAAACCGAAAAGCAUUCGAAACUACAAAAUGCACGAGGCAUUACGGCUGAUUUAAGUGACCCCUGUGUCAUCAAAAAAGUUACUCAUAAGUCUCUCAAAUCAGUCCGCGGGCCGCAGAAAACCCAUCACUGGCCAUCACUGAUCUAGAUUUUCAAAUAGUUUUAGACAACAAAUUCAGCACCUUGUAAAUUAAUGGAAACUUUUCAUUACAAAAUAAAAUGAACUGUUUUUGAUACAAACAAACAUAAUACAAAAAAUGAAAUGGAGAAUCUGGCUACAUUUAGAAACACAUAUAAAACUGAUUUUUUGAUAUGACUUCCCGUAAUAGAUAGUAACUUACGACAUAGUAACUAAGGAUGCUGAAUAAAUGCUGUUUAUUUUUUUUAUUACUGAUAAGUAGAAAUGUGCAGGAUUUAUAUCGAAGGUAGAAAAGUUUUUACAUAUCUACCCACUAUCUCUAUAAAGCUUCAAAUAUCAGGUAAUAGAAUUACAUUA